AUGCCUCCUGCGGCCACUGCGGCCCUGAGCGCCGUGACGCUGGUGGCACCUCAGGCGGCACAUGCUGAGGAUGGCGCAGUGUGGAUCCCGGCCCUCUCCGCCAUUGGCGCCGGCUUCGCCAUCGGCCUCGCCGCCAUCGGCUCGGGUGUGGGCCAGGGCAUCGCCAGCGGCCGCUGCAUUGACGGCAUUUCUCGGCAGCCCGAGGUCGCGGAUGACCUGCGGGGCGUGCUGCUGCUGUCCCUGGCCUUCAUGGAGUCCCUGACCAUCUACGGUCUUGUCAUCGCUUUGGUGCUUCUCUUCGCGAACCCUCUGAUCAAGUGA